GGGAGGCAGCAGCAGCAGCAGCAGCAGCAGAACGGAGCCCAGAGCAGCAGCAGCCGCUCCGACUCCAGCAGUCACAACCAGGAGCUUGAAACAAGAGCCAGGCAGCUCCAGCACCCAGGAACACAUAACAACAGGCAGGCAGCUCCAGCACCCAGGAACACAUAACAAGAGCCAGGCAGCUCCAGCACCCAGGAACACAUAACAAGAGGCAGGCAGCUCCAGGACCCAGGAACACAUAACAAGAGGCAGGCAGCUCCAGGACCCAGGAACACAUAACAAGAGGCAGGGAGCUCCAGGACCCAGUGGCCAGCCCCCAUCCACUCUCCCUUGUUUUUAAUGAGAGUGUAAGAGAGAGAGCACCAGUGGGAGAGAGAGAGUGGCUUGCUUGGUUCAUGCUCUGAGGACAGAGGGAGAGAGAGAGAGAGUGUUGUGCGAGGUUAAGUGAGUGAGGCUUCUCCUUGCUGGAGGGAGUCGUGCACCAGUUAGAGCAGCGCGCACGGCUCAGAGGAGGUCACCGCUCCUUCUCUCCUUGGAUUUAAUUACUUUAAUUCUGCCCCGGAGGAGGAGGAGGAGGAGGAGGAGAGACUUGCUCUGCCGUGUCACAUUGUUCAGUCCCAGCAUCUGGAGACCGAGAGAGUGGCCGACACCUGGAGCUGUCGUCGCCGCGUCGGGAUUUUAUUGAAUUAUGGGAUGCCGUUGCCGAGAUGACAAACAGCCAACGCGUGGAUAUUAAUGAACUUCUUUGAAGUGGGUUUGUUGCUUCCGCACGCUGGAUUACAAACUGUUGGACUUCAGUUCCAGGGUCUUUUUCUUUUUCUCCUCCUCACUGGAAACAAAGCUCAGGACUUGCCUCCCAGCUAGCCUCCGGAACUGAGAAACGGAUAAAAAGUCAAAACCGAAAGAACCGACUCCAGAACUUCAGCCUGACGUAAAGGGUGGCAAGGCUGUGUCAUUUAAUUCGAUCAGGGACUAAAGAGUUGAACCUCCUCUGCCUCAUCGUCUCCCUGUCAGCAGGCCAUCACAGCAGGAGCAGAUGACGGCUCCGUUAACUCUGCGCUGAGCCGGCCCGAGGGCUGGGGACUCCCGGGCACAUGCUCUUCAACAGACCGCCCGCUCCGUUUAAAGGAUUAGUUCAGGGAGAGGUUUGUUAGUUUGAGGAGUUCCGCUCCGGGCCUCCCUUGUCCACUAAUAUCCUUUUUUUUUUUUUUCGGGGAGAGAUCCAACAAACUCAACACUCAAAGCAUUCUUUAUUCCAUCUGGGGUCAAGGAGCAGUUGGUCAGUACCGGACACCUUGUGUUUUGGAAGGAUAGCCAGACAGGACAAAGAGGAGAAGAGCGAUGGUGUUGACCCCCAGGCACUGAAUCAAGACAGCCUUUGCAGCUGCUGCAAGCUAUUAUGAUACAGGGGAGCCAACACUCACUGCAGGGGAACUGAGAGAGCGUUUACGUGACUUCUGAGGAUUUCUUUCAAGUUGAACCUUUAAGGCUUAUUAAGUCGUGACUUAACCGCCCAAAUUCGCAGUCGACCAUCGCGGCCAACUAACUGACAAAAGAGCCCUCAAACGUGUGCGUGUGUGUGUCUGCGUUCCUGUGUAUGUGUGUGUGUGUGUGUGUGUGUGUGUGUGUGUCUGUGUUUUUGCGUUCCUGCGUGUGUAUGUGUCUGAGAUAGUGUUCAGCUUUUAGGGUUCAGAGAUUGUUUGACAGGAAUUCACCAGCCGACGGCUUUGGAGGCAGAUAAUAAUGGCCAGAUAACAACUGUUUUGUUUUGUUUUGACAACCCUCAUAUAUUAUCGUAGCUAUAGCUUGGCCAUGAAAAGCAUGAACAUAAGGAAUGGAUGAUUCGCACCGGUCUAGUCUGGAGCGGAAGACGGAGCAAAGGUCGCUGAUUGCGUGCUUGAGAAGUGACGCUAAAUAUUUCACAUAAACCAUCAUCUGAUGCAUGUGUAAUAGAGUAUUAAUGAUUGUGAUGAGAAGGUGCUUAUGGGUUUAGAGGUACUUCAGGCCCGGGAUGCUAAAACUUGAAGCUACCCAACUGGAAUGCUAAUUACCUAGCUUUAGUAUAAGAGUGUUUUUCAUGAGCUGCUCUUUUAAAAGCCCUCACCCGUGCUGGAAUGCCGUAAACCGCCACAACAAUUAUUUCCAAAAUAACGAUUUAAUGGAUAUGAUCGUACGGGUUCUGUGCCCUCGUAUUUGACCUUAAUUAGUUUUCCUUUUUAUAUACUUUCCUCCCAUCAUUUGCAGCUCCGGUAGAACCAGUGAUUAUUGUUAUUCAUCAUCAUUCAGUCAUUGUUUCCUCUAGAUUUGAUCAGACUGCACAUGAUUAUGUAUUAUUACCGAGUGCGACGGUUCCCAGAGCAGGAUAGCUGGGAUUAAUCGGGGCGUUCAAAGUAGCCCCAAAACCGAAACAUCCCAGAGAAGGCGGGAUCCAGCCAGCCAGCCGUCCCCCGGGACUCUGAGGGGGAACAGGAGGCCAGUGGAGGGGGAACAGGAGGCCAGCGGAGGGGGUGUGAGCGUGGACGCAAAUGUGUGUGUUUCGUGCAACUUGCAACUGUCCACUGUCCUUAGAGUAACUCUGCUUCACAUCUGCCGGUGCAUCUUUCCACGCUGCUGUGUGUGUGUGUGUGUGUGUGUGUGUGUGUGUGUGUGUGUGUGUGUGUGUGUGUGUGCGCGUUUGUGCGUGUGUGACAUAUGCAGUGGACUGCCGCCAAUAAAGCACACUAGCUCGCCCCCACUCUCAGUCACACUGCCCUGCGGUCCCACAGUCAUCGCAGUGUGUCCGUGCUGCCGGUGCCGGUGGGCUUCAUCAACGCCCCCCUGAGAUGCUUUGGCCGGAGUGGAACCCUACAGUGGGACCCAAAGGAGAACCGGAGCCCGGGAUCAGCAGACCCCGUCUAUUUGCGUCUUUGAGUUUUGGAGACGGCCCUGUGGACGAGCGGACCUGAAGAAGCUGCGACAGGUGUGUGUGUGCGUGUGUGUGUGUGUGUGUGUGACCUCCAGCAUGGCGUCCCCCUGUUCCCAGCGGUUCCUAUGGCGUUCCCCGCGGGCCUCCGUGCCGGUUCAGACCACCUCGUAGACUCUCUCCGGGGACGACUCUGCUCCGCUUCCAGCCCCCCCGUCCGACAUGCUGCCCGGAGGUGGCGGUGGCGGUGGCGGCGGGGAAGGGGGCCGCUGGGCCGGCCUGUGCCUGCUCCGCUGGCUGGGCGUCAGGCUGUGGUCCCGUCGGGGGACCCUGCUCUUCGCCCUGCUGUGGUUCGGCUCCUGGGUCUUCCUGAACGGCCUGGUGCUGGUGCACCGCAGCAUCCUGUCCGACUACUGCACCGACGACAAGAGCAAGAGGAUCCUGCAGCGGCUGUGUGUGGACUAUGCUGAUGGUGUGGUGACAGGAGACAUGUGCGCAGACCUGUGUGUGCGUGAGCUGGUGCAGUACAAGGGCUGCCUGUACUACGACAACGGCAAGAAGGUGAUGGAGGCGCGCUGGAAGGAGCUGCCCGUCAUCCUCAAGUCCAAGCUGGAGAACUUCUCCUCCUACGAGCCCCUGGCCAUCCUCGACUACCAGGAGACAACAGACGAUCUCUCUCCUCUGGACGUGGUGUUUUACGCCACUUUAGAAGUGCGUAACUCGCUGGGCCUGGUGGCGGACGAGGAGGGGGAGGUGGAGGGCGCCCCCGGUGGCGGGGAGAGGAACAGCUCCCUGGCCAGGCUGUGGGGCCACAGGCUGAGGAGCCUGGACAAGCCGUACUCCAGGGCGGAGCUGGCCUCCCUCUGGGCCCUGCUGCAGCAGGAGGAAUACACCUUCCUCAGAGUGCUCCAGGACCUCAGCAGCCACGUGGCCAGGGUCCUGGGCUCCUGCGGCCACUUCUACGCCGUGGAGUUCCUGUCGGCCGGACACGCCUGGGACCAGAACCUCUUCUCCCUGGACCAGGCGUCGGCCCCCGGGCCACCGGGCCCCGCCGGCCCCAUGACCAGCAGGGACAAGGUCCACCGCAUCGCCCUCAGCUUCCUGGACAUGAUCUGGCACUUUGACAAUGACUUCACACACCGGCUUCACCUCUGCGACAUCAAGCCCGAGAACUUUGCCAUCCGGAAGGACUUGACGGUGGUUGCCAUCGACGUGGACAUGGCCUUCUUCGAGCCCAAGAUGCGAGACAUCUUGGACCAGAACUGCACCAGCGACGACGACUGCAACUUCUUCGACUGUGUGUCGCGCUGCAACAAACACAAGCACCGGUGCAGCCCUCGACGCAGCAACAGCAACCUGCAGGUGAUCUGUGAGAAGAUCUUCCGCUCCUGGUUCUCCCCCACCCUCCUCGGGGUCAAGGCCGGGCUGCCUCUGCAGGUGGAGCUGCAGAGGGCCGUGCAGGACUGUACCGAGAUGCUGGGGGAGGAGGAGGACGAGGACGAGGACGAGGAAGAGGAGGAGGACGGCACCGGGGAGGAGGGGAAAGGGGAGCAGCGGAGCGGGAACAUCCAUCAGCACCUCGUCACACUGCUGACACGCCUCCUCAAUGAGGGAGGGGCUUCCAGUGAAGUGGGCGGGGCACGGGAAGGGCAAGGCCACGCCCACACGUCGUUGAACUUUUGAGGAAUCCGGGGAAAGUGGACCUCGAAAAGAACAACUGGGUUCUUGAAGUAACUGUUGUCCCUGAGGACAUUCCCGCAUGGAGCGAGCUGAUCCUCAAGAACUUUAUUACCCUCUGCUCCUUUUUUCUUCUUAGACAAAUCUGCAUUGCUACCGAAAAGCAAUGUAUACAUGAGAGUUAAGCAAAAAUAACAAAAUAAAGUGUUAUCUUUAUUGCUUCCUAAAGGCUGCUUAAAAUGUUACAAAAGGCAAAUCAAUGUAUGAAAAUGAAGCAUAAAUAACAAUACAAAUGAUAUUCAGCCGAAUGUUUUGUGAGAAGUUGAAUUGUCUAGUAUUCCAUCCUUAGGAUAGGAAGAGGAAUAUGACAACGCUUCAAUUAAUCCAAAAAUAAACAAAACAAAUUCAGUGCUACACUGAAGCAUCUUUUCUUCAGCUCUAAGCCUCUGAGGAAAAUAAAUAUGUACUGGUAAAAAUCGAUGUUCCACAAACUAACAUUUAAAACAUAUUUUACUCACAUACCCCACCUGACCCUUACCCUUACCCUGUCUUUGUCUUGUGCUGAACCUGUGUUCCUCCGUCCACAUUAACGCUGAAGUUCUCGUUCAGAGGACGUACAGGAACGGCAUGCACACACCUGGCAUGGCAGCCCCCCCAGGCUAGGAACAGGGUGGCCCGCGCGGGUCUAUUUCCCAGCAGGUAAACCCCUCAGCGAUGGGCUGAACAGUGAACAAAGACCAGCUGAGGUUCCUCAGAAUCUCCCUCUGCCUCUUGCCUGGAGCAUCCCAGGACCGAAAGGCCAACAGCCCUUCACCUGGAGUCUGAUGAACCUACCUGUGUGUGUCUACGUGUGUGUACGUGUACGUGCCUGUAUCUGUGAGCAGGUUUGUGUAUGCGUACCGGUUCGUUCAGAGAGUGUAUGCACUUCUGUGUGUCUUCCUGCGUGUGUGUGUGUGUGUGUGUGCGGGUUUAUGUGUGUAUGGGCGGGACGUCGGAUUGCGUAUGCAGGUGGGUGUGUUUGUGUGUACGUGAGUGUGUUACUGAGUGCACUUUCAGGAAGUAAACAAUGACAAGAGGUUAAGUGAGGACUAAAAUGCGGCCAGCGAUGGUCAGAUGGGUGGAGAGUGCGGAUGCAUGGAGAGGAGAGAGAGACAAAAUUACAACCAGGAGAACGAUUAGGGGAGCAAGUGCUGCUUCUGUCAAGGCUUUCUGAAUAAGAAUACGUCAGGACAAAAUUGUUGAAGUAGCUCAUGUGUUGACCUUUAUGUCCUUUCCCUCGAUGGUGUACUGGAGAUGUGCGUUCUCAGUUGACGGCGCUAUUUGUCUAUGGCAUUUUGUGAUACUAUCGCUGGGGGGAUGUUUGUAUUUCAUGCCAUGAUGGUCGUCGACAGAACAAAAUGACAAAGCAAAGUAAAAAAAAGCUUAAGAUAAGAGAGGUCAGUUGGAAAAGAGACAUUGAUCGAGUGUGUAUGGUACAGAUAUCUACAAUGUAAAGGAAGCCCUUUACAUAGGCUAGGUAGGAAAACCGAGUCGUCCUGCAUGCAGUGUUGCUGCAGAAGACUAACAUCACAUCAGUGAAGUCAAGGACCCGACACGUUAAGCCUGUCACACAGGAAUAUAUAUUUCACACAUCUAUCAUCACUUUAUCAGCCCCACAUGAGGAAUUAUCAUUAUUUAAUUUCUUUGUGUCUCAGAUGGUAAGCAACCAAUCCUAAUAAUCAAUCAUAAAACUGCAAUGUAAACGCAAAACGUACACUGAUGAUAGUAGAGGUAUGGUAGCCAAGAGGCAACAUGAACCCCAAGCAGGGGAAAGCUGUUUGUCAGCAGAUGUGAAUUCCAUGGGACGCUGUCAUGACAUUAUAGGGUGGAAAUCUCAGUACGGUCCGCCCGGAGCGAUCUGCUUGCUUCACCUGGAUCCCUUCCAUUGUAUUGAAUACAGAAAAACACACACAUGCACGCUGAAGCACGCACACACGCACACACACACACACACACACACACACACACACACACACACACACACACACAC